CCUCUCUGCCCGGCAGCACAUAGUGACAUCUCGCGGUGUUAGGGGAGGAUGCGAGAAUUGUUUGCAGCCAAGUUUUGAGCUAUUCAGUGAGUUUGCAUUGGGAGUGUAAUUGUUGACCUCCUGUUUUGUGCACGGCUUGUACCCGGCGAUUGUUCUAUAAAUUCUUGGAUUCUGUCUUGUGCCCGUGGGUGCUCUGAUAAUCCUCUUGCAGCUGGCGGCCCGCCCACGGUGUUGCCCUUGUUACCGGAAUUCGCGUUUGCGUUGCAGGGCAGGUGGGUGCUAGGAGCUGGGGGACGUUGCACGGUCGUUGCAAGUGGCGCGCGACCUGGUUGUCCCUCUCAGGACCUAGGUGAUUGCGUGGGUCUUGGGUAGCGGGUGACGGUUCCCCUCUCGUUGCAGCGGCUGUAGCCGCCGCCAUGUCUAAAGUCAGGCCAACGUUUUACCGGCAGGAACUGAACAAGACUAUCUGGGAGGUUCCCGUGAGAUACCAGAAUCUGAGCCCUGUGGGGUCCGGUGCUUAUGGAUCUGUCUGUUCAUCAUUUGACGCGAAAUCAGGACUUCGUGUAGCUGUCAAGAAGUUGUCUAGGCCGUUCCAGUCCAUCAUCCAUGCGAAGAGGACCUACAGAGAACUGCGCCUCUUGAAACACAUGAAACAUGAAAAUGUGAUUGGGUUGUUGGAUGUUUUCUCACCUGCUGAGUCGUUGGAAGAGUUCCAUGAUGUGUACCUAGUAACGCACCUGAUGGGAGCUGAUCUAAAUAACAUUGUGAAAUGCCAGAAAUUGACAGAUGACCAUGUACAGUUUUUAAUAUAUCAAAUAAUCCGUGGCUUAAAGUACAUCCAUUCUGCAGGCAUCAUUCACAGAGACCUCAAGCCCAGCAACUUAGCAGUCAAUGAGGAUUGUGAACUAAAGAUCCUUGAUUUUGGAUUGGCUCGGCAUACGGAUGACGAAAUGACUGGGUACGUUGCCACAAGGUGGUACAGAGCUCCAGAGAUUAUGCUGAACUGGAUGCACUACAACCAAACAGUUGACAUAUGGUCAGUAGGCUGCAUAAUGGCCGAACUGUUGACAGGAAGAACGUUGUUCCCUGGUACCGACCAUAUUAACCAGCUUCAGCAGAUCAUGCGACUGACCGGAAUUCCGCCGGACUACCUCAUCAACCGGAUGCCUAGCCAUGAGGCUCGAUUGUACAUUCAGUCUUUGCCAGAUAUGCCGAAAAGGAGUUUUGAAGAGGUGUUCAUAGGAGCAAACCCACUUGCUGUUGACCUUCUGGAGAAGAUGCUGGUACUAGAUACAGAUAAACGGAUAACAGCGGCCGAAGCCUUAGCGCAUUCCUACUUUGCACAGUAUCAUGAUCCCGAUGAUGAACCUGAGGCAGAACCCUACGACCAGUCAUUUGAAAGCAGAGAGCUUUCCAUAGAGGAGUGGAAAGAAAUGACAUACGAUGAGGUGAUCAGCUUUGAACCGCCACCACUACUGGACUCUGAUGAGAUGGAAUCCUGAGAGCCUUCCAUUUUGAAUCUAGUUUUUUGUUUUAAAAUUUUCUGUCGCACUGUGAGGAAGCAUCUCUUAACCUAAAUUUUUCUAAAUGUCAUUCAAGUGCCUGUCGUUUCAGACAUGGAUUUUCUGCCAGUGAGGAGAGCUGGACAUUGGUGUGUGUGGUACGCAGAGAUGUGAAUCUGCAGGCAGUGUCACUACUGUUAGUGGUAUUUAUGCAGACAAAGCCUUUUAACUUACUCUGUCUUCAUUAUGAGGAUUUCAGUCAGUUUUACGUUUUUUUUUAUUGGGGAAGGGUCACCAUAUCCAAGCAGUUCGGUUAAUGCUUUUGGAUUGCUAUCUUAAAACUGACUUCCAGAUCUUUUCUUCAGCCAAAGGACAUUACCAACAUCUGUAUUCACCAUACCAGGGUACUGGCAGGUAGAAAUGCUGUACAUGUAUUUCAAGACAGUAUUGUGACUUCUGUUGUCAUUGUGAGGGAAAUUUUCCAGUAUUGUAUUUUGGGGCUCUAGCCAUUUAUAUAUGCACUUCCUCUGAAAGAUGAAGUGUUAACGUUUGUUUGGAAUAGCUUUUGGAUUUGAUUUGAAGACUGCAGAUGAAAUAAGAAUAUAAAAUGUGAAGCACA